AUGGUGCAGUCAGAGAGAAGCUCGUUCACAAAUAAACGCAAUCAGCAGAUCAGUACUGUUGCAUAUCUUCCAGAAAAUCUACCCAGGCCAAAAGCAGUGCUCUUCUUCCACCAUGGGUAUGGAGAACACAUAGGUCGUUACGAACGAGUGCAUCGGGAGCUUGCUGAAGCAGGCAUCGCUGUGUACGGCUACGACCAUCAUGGGCAUGGCCUGUCAGAGCCAAAGGAUCCCCGGGAUCGAGCCCUUGUUGGGGACUUCAACUAUCUUGUGGACGACAGUGAAGACUUUGCCAGGCGGAUACGGCAGCAGUACAGCCCAGACAUCCCUUGCAUAGCUGCUGGCCAGUCCAUGGGCGGCCUCAUAGCAACACACCUCGUGCUGAGAGACCAGAGCGCCUGGGCAGGCCUCAUCCUGUGCUCAGCAGCCAUCGAUGUAGAGUGGACCCUUGUGCUCAGGUUGCAGGCGCCAAUCGGGGGAUUGUUGGCAACGCUGCUGCCUCGGGCCAAGAUAGUGCCUGCAGUCCCUCUGGAGAACAUCAGCAAUGACCCUGAAGUGGUGAAGCAUUUUGCGGAGGAUCCCCUGAAUUUUGUGGGGGACUUGCGCGCGCGCACUGCAAACGAGAUCCUCAAGGGCUUCAGGGACGUGCAGCGAAAGGAGGCUCUGCUCAAAACACCCAUCUUGGCAAUCCAUGGGACAGCCGACAAGAUCACCAGCUACACGGCGAUGAAGAGGCUGCUGGCGGCUGCAGCCAGCAAGGACAAGGAGCUAAGGGAGUUUCCCGGGGGCUUUCACGAGCUGCUGAUGGGCCCAGAGAAGGAAGAAGCCGCCAGGACGCUCAAAGAAUGGAUCCUCAAGCGCUGUCCAGAGCCCGAAGCAAAGCUGUGA